AUGGGCACCCUACAGGCGCUUGGGACUCGACAUACCCUUCUACCAAAAUCCAGUCCAGACGUCAAAAAGCUCUCCGCUGGAAAUCGUGUCAUCCUUGGGCAUGUGGGGGUCAACAGGUCCGAGAAGCAGCAGAUGAUCUCCUUAUUCACGCCUGCGCGCAGAUACUAUGGUCCACUGGAACUAGAACCGCAGCCGCUGCAACUGACGCCUGCGCGCAGAUUGGCUAACCUGAUGUGUCCUGGUAACGAUCGCCGACGACUGACAGCAACUCUCCAGCCAAAGCCUGCGCGCAGAUCUGCUCGCUGGUAUAUCGUUGCAGCGACUCGGCGACAAGCCUCCCUGUAG